AUGGCUCAUAAUGUAUUAUUUGAUCCACCAAUACAAGAAGGUCAAAGGAUUAAUGUUGGGAAUAAUAAUACGAUAAUUGAAAAUAUUUCAAGUAUUUAUAAUUUAUCAAUGUUUAAAAAUUUAUUUCGUACAUAUUUUUCAAUUUUGUUGAUUCAGUAUAUUUUGAUAUAUGCUUGUGUUCCAUUAGAAGAUAUUGAGAAUCGGCCUGCAAUGUGUUUAGUUUCAAGUAUAUACAUUUUAAUUAUGUUUGGUAUUAAUGCAUCAAUUCUUCCGUUAUGCUCAAGUACGAUUCCAACUUUACUUUCAUUACGUUGUUUGUUUUGUUCAUUUAUUUUAGAAUUGAUUGGAUUAAUUUUAAAUAUAAUCACCGUAGUUCAAAGUUUAAGAGUCGGUAAAAUGUUUCAAGUUGAGAAGAAAAAUCAUGUGAUUAUUAUCAAAAACAAUGUGGAGUUAUAUAUCAAUACAUUUAAUAUUAUUGCAAUGAUAUUUUCAAUUUUAGCAACCGUCUCAGUAUUUUGCUUGGUUGUAAUUUGUGAAAAGGCUUUAGAAUAUAUUGCAAGUAAAGUUGACAGAAGAAUUUUGAAACAAAAUAAAGAAAAGUUCAAGAAGUUCACUUUAAGUACUGAAUCAAUGGAGAGAUUUACCCAAUUACAGAGUAAAUAUUUUUCAUAA